CAAAUAAAUCACAGGCAAACUGCGAUAAUCACCAAAAAAACAAAUGUUAAUAAAUAUUAAUCACAUUGACCAUGCAUAAGGAUUGAGAAAGAAGAAGAGGUGUGAAAUAACCUCAAAUUUUGCGCAGUGCUAAGUAAACAAGCGUGUUUUAAAAAAUGAAUGUAGAAGUCCGACUAACAGGCAAUUCAAAGGGCAAAGGACUUUUUGCCAAAACAAAAAUUGAUGAGGGAUCUUUAAUAUUCGAAGAAGAUCCUGUGGUUUCCUGCCAAUUUCCCUGGAAUGCUCUGUAUGGAUACAAAGCGUGUCACCAUUGUUUAAGACCUUUAGAAACUGCUGCUGAAAAUGCACAAAGGUUAUCAGGAAAUCCGGGUCUUGAAUUGCCUUAUCCCGACUGUUGCAUCACUGACGUAUCAAAAAUUGUGACCUGUCCAGAAUGUGGGGAGGCCUACUGCUCUUCAGAGUGUCAAGUGGAAUCAUUUAAUCAGUAUCACCGCUUGCUGUGUCUUCAGACACAUGAAAGGACUGGUGCCCAUCCUUUGGAACAACUAGAAGAGGCUUGGAGAAAUUUACACUAUCCACCUGAGACAAAUACAAUCAUGGUGAUUCCCAGAUUGUUGGCAAGGAUUUUACAGUCACCUAGCCCUGAACAAGCUUUACAACAAACCCUACAAUUCUGCCACAGAACUGUUAAUGAAGAUGCUGAACUGGUUCACAAGCUAUUGGGGGAAAAAUUCUCAGGCAUCAUCUCUCACCUUCACAAUUUGCUUGUUAAUGCAAUACCACAACAUCAAGGAAUUGAACAGUUGUUGACAAUGGACGGAUUUCAAUCUUUGCUUGCAUUAGUUGGAACAAAUGGACAAGGUGUUGGAACAAGUGCAAUUAGCCAGUGGGUAUCUAGAACUACAGAACUUGGUUUGCCAGAUGCUGAACAGGAAGUCUUAGAUAAGUUCAUUGAUAAAUUAUAUGAUGACAUGGACAAACAAUCAGGCACUUUUUUGAAUAAUGAAGGUGUAGGUCUGUUUACUUUGCAAAGUGCUAGCAACCAUAGCUGCACUCCAAAUGCAGAGGCUACAUUUCUACAUAAUAACCACAGGCUUUCACUUAUGGCAGUAAAAGAUAUUGAAGCUGGGGAGGAAAUUUGCAUUAGCUAUUUGGAUGAGUGUAUGUUGGCAAGAUCUAGGCAUUCCAGAAGAAAAGAAUUAAUGGAGAACUACAUAUUUGCGUGCACUUGUCCCAAAUGUGAAGAGCAAAUUAAUGAACCAGAUGUUACAAGUGAUGAAGAGGAAGAUGACGAAAUGUCUGAAUAAUUUUUUUCUGUAAUUAAUAUAUCAAAUAUAUUUUUUUAUGGA